UCGUUUUCUGAAAUAGAGCUAAGAGUGCUCGUUACGAUUUUAUACAUUUAUUAGGUUGUUCGGAAAGUAAUAUCGUUUUUUCUCGACAGAAAAUUUAGUUGUAUUUUUUUUUGCACCCAACUUCACACUUAAGCCGCAUAAUUAUUAUAUGUUUUGAGAGUUGAUAUAGCAAGGCUUGUGUGUGAAAAUGUCCAAUUGAUUCUACACAGUAGUUUUUAGUUGGUGCCCUUUUAAAUAUGGAGAGCAAUAAGCAGCAUUUUUGUCAUUUUUUACUUUUUUACUGUAGGAAACGUAAAACUGCUGUUUAAGCCAAAAAGAAAUUAACCGAUGUGUAUGGAGAAGAUGUAUUGACAGUACGCCAGUGCCAGAACUGGUCUGCAAAAUUUCGAUCCGGCAAUCGAAAAUGACAAAAAAUGUGGAAGAUGCACCACUUUUUGGAAGGCCGGUUGAAGGCUGAUAAAGACACGAUAAAAUCAUUAAUUGAUGCAAACCGGCGAAUAACAACACGUGAGAUCGGUGAAAGGUUAAAUUUAUCAAAUUCAACUGUUUAUGACCACUUGAAAUGCCUAGGUUUAACCUCGAAGCUUGAUAUAUGGGUUCCUCAUGUUCUCACAGAGAGAAAUUUGUGUCGUCGCGUUGACGUCUGUAAUUCGCUUCUCAAAUAUCACGAAAAUGAUCCAUUUUUGAAGCGCAUCAUUAUUGGGGAUAAAAAAUGGGUUGUAUAUAACAAUGUCAAACGCAAGAGAUCAUGGAGCAAAAAAGAUAAAUCGGCUCAAAGCAUUUCCAAAGCCAAUAUCCAUCAAAAAAACGUGAUGCUGUCUGUUUGGUGGAACUUCAAAGGAAUCACUUUUUUUAUAUUUUACCGGAUAACACAACAAUUAAUUCAGAAAUAUACUGUCAUCAGCUGAACAAACUGAAUGAUGCACUUCAACAGAGAAAGGCCAGAAUUAAUCAACAGAAAAGGUGUAGUGUUUCUUCAAGAUAAUACGAGACCUCAUACAGUUUGGUCAUCCACCAAAAGCUUUUACAGCUUGAAUAGGAUACAAUGCCACACCCACCUUAUUCUUCAGAUCUGACACCUUCGGAUUAUUAUUUGUUCUGGUCACUGCAAAAUUUUUUAAACGGAAAAAACCUUCACUACAAAUGAGGAGAUCAAAGACCACCUCGAUCACUUUUUUGCCAGCAAAGGCCAAAAAUUUUAUGAGCGUGCAAUCAUGCUACUACUAGAAAGAUGGCAAAAGGUAUUAGACCAAAAUGGCCAAUAUAUAAUUUAAUAAAAUAUUUGUUCUGUAUACGAAAAUUGUCUUUCAUUUCCACAAAAAAAAAAACGAAAUUAUUUUUUCUUAGCUAUUCGUUGAGUAAGUUAUUUAUCGACGAUUUUAAGAAUGACUCGUACUAAGCAAACCGCGCGAAAGUCAACUGGAGGAAUGGCCCCACGAAAGCAAUUGGAUACCAAGGCAGCUCGAAAGAGUGCGCCUCCUGCAACUUGUGGAGUAAAGAAAUCACAUCGUUAUAGGCCAGGCACUGUGGCUCUUCGUGAAAUUCGUCGUUAUCAAAAGAGCACUGAAUUACUUAUCCGAAAGUUACCAUUCCAACGUCUCGUACGUGAAAUUGCUCAAGAUUUCAAAACCGAUUUACGUUUCCAAAGUUCAGCUAUAAUAGCUUUUCAAGAAACUAGUGAAGCAUACUUAGUUGAAUUAUUUGAAGAUACUAAUCUUUGUACCAUUCACGCAAAACGUGUUACCAUUAUGCCUACAAAUAUUCAAUUGGCACGACGAAUUAGAGGAGAAAGAAGCUUAAUUUGAUCAGAUUUCAAAUAACAAAAAACGGCCCUUAUCAGGGCCAACAAUUUUAUUUACGAUGAACUUAUUUCGAUUCAUAAAUAAGACUUAUUAUUUUCAAUAAAUAUUUCUUUUAGGUUUUUAUAGUUUA